GACUGCCGGGUGGUGCUUUUUGCGCCUCCUAUCUUGACCGAGAGGUGGAACGGCACUUUACUUUUCCCAUUUCGAGGUUUGGUAUCGGUGUUGGGCUCCACGAAAGCGUUUUAGCGAGGCGGAGAGUUCCUCAUCACAAAGCCAAGAUGCUGAACAUGUGGAAGGUUCGGGAGCUGGUUGACAAAGCAACCAAUGUGGUGAUGAACUACUCAGAGGUGGAAUCUAAAGUCAGAGAGGCCACCAAUGAUGACCCCUGGGGACCAUCAGGACAACUGAUGAGUGAAAUUUCAAGAGCGACCUUCAUGUACGAGCAGUUCCCAGAGGUGAUGAACAUGCUUUGGACCCGCAUGCUGAGAGAUAACAAGAAAAACUGGAGGAGAGUCUACAAGUCCCUACUGCUGCUUGCUCAUCUAAUCAGGAAUGGAUCAGAGCGGGUUGUCACUAGUGCCAGGGAACAUCUCUAUGACCUGAGAUCAUUAGAAAGUUACCACUUUGUUGACGAGCAUGGGAAAGACCAAGGAGUGAAUGUGCGCCAGAAGGUGAAGGAGAUGGUGGAGUUUGUCCAGGAUGAUGAAAGGCUGAGGGAAGAACGGAAAAAAGCCAAGAAAAACAAAGAUAAAUUUGUUGGUGUGUCCUCCGAUAGUCGAGGAUACAGAGGUUACUCGGGGGACAGGUAUGACACCAGUGAAACCCGUCACCGGUGGGAUGAUGAUUGGGAGAGUAACAAAGGGCAGUUCCCUUUCAGCGAUAAAUUGGGAGAGAUCAGUGACAAGAUUGGAAGCACUAUUGACGAUACCAUCAACAAGUUUAGGAAGAAGGAAAGAGACGACUCACCGGACCGAUUUAGUGACGAGGAGGAGCGAAGCCGCUCAUCUCAGAAUGGCAAAGUGGGCAAAGAGUUUAAAGAUGAAGAAGAGACCGUUACCACCAAGAGCGUACAAAUAGUCCAAGCAACAGAGACUACAGCCACCCGCAAGAGAGGAGGAGUUCCAUCUAAGAAAGUGGACUUGGGGGCGGCGGCCCAGUACACAGGAGAAGCCAGCCCCACCGCUUCCACCAAACAGGUUCCACAAUCCGCAGCAACGAAGGCCUCAAGUAGCGGACUAGCUGACCUACUAAUGGUGGACUCAACACCUUCAAAGCCUCCUUCCACUGACUUAAUGAGUGGAUUUGCCAACUUUGCUUCACCCGCUGCUUCUGCCGGCCUUUCCCAAGUAUCUGCCGGACCAGUCUCCAGCAACAACGGAGACUUUGGCGAGUGGAAUGCGUUCCCUGGUGGCCAGAUGCCAGCAUCUGCUCAGCCUGUUGACAUCGGUGGAAAUGACCUUUUUGGAGCUCCUGCCCCCGCCCCUGCUCCAGUUACUGCGGCGGGCUCCAGUUCAUCAUCAGCAGAUCUAUUUGACCUGAUGGGGCCGGCUCAGUCGUUUACUUCCUCUCAGAGCCUCAACUUCAGCAUGAACAGUACGCAGAGCAUGAGCACCACAGGCCUGCCUCAGUCGAGAUCACAGCCCCUCCAGAACAUAGGGGCACCUCUACAACCGCAGACUGCUCAGCAGGGAGUCGUUUCUCAGGGUGCUGCAGCCAAAGCGUCGCUGCCCUCCACCUGGUCAGACCCCUCGGUGAACAUCAGCCUCGACUCGCUGGGACCCGGCAUGCAGGCGCCCAAGCAGAGUCAACCCUCCCUCAACACACUUCAGCAAGGCAACCAGGCCAGUGGAAACAUGCUGUCACAAGGAUUCUCUGCAAUGAGCCUCGGACCCUCGGCAGCGAGACCGCCUGUCACUGUAAUGAUGCACCCCGGUGCUGGAAUGGGAAUGGCGCCCAACGCUGGCAUGAUGGCAAUGGGGAUGCCCCCAAACCAGGCAAUGAUGGGGAUGUCUAUGGCUUCCAACCAGGGCAUGAUGGGGAUGGGCAUGGGUAUGAACAUGGGAGGGGUGACGAUGGCGAUGCCCGGUGCCAUGGGAAUGGGGAUGAACCCGGCAAUGGUUCAGCAGGCCAAACAUGACGCCUUCGCCGACUUUGGUAACUUUGGGAAGUGAUGAAGAAGAGGUGAGCCGAGGGGUCAUUGGUGAAGGAUUGUUCCGAGCUUCAAACAAAGAGUACUUGAAAAAUGUCAACUCUCACAAUACCAACGCCCUGCAAUCUCCUUAUUUUAAACAAAUAAUGCUGUGUAAUGAAUGACAUGGAUCGAAAUGGAUUUGUGCGAGCGUGCGUAUGCAUGUGUGUGUAGUUUGAACCAAUGAUCGGUGCGGUCUUCAGACAGCUACUGUAAAUUGUGUGCCUUGCCGGUCAUGAAUGUCAGGUGUGUGUGCUUUUAUAAUCUCAAUCAAACGGAAUCAGCAGAAUAGCAAAAAUGUAUAUACUUAUAUAUCGCUAGAUAUUUUUGAGAUGCCUCCUAUUGAAUGGUGAGUUUGGAGAACGUGAUCAGCCAUUUUAACUUUCUAAUAUAUCAAAUUACCUCUCAUUUUGUCCUCUGUCUUCCUUUAGCUUGGAAAUAGAAAUCUACAUCUCUUUGCUCUUGCUAGAACUUUCAUCUGCAGUUGCGGAGGAAGAGCACAUUGUUACCUUCUCCACAUGCUGCCAUCACUAUUGGCCAACAAGAGCCGUUUUCCACGGCCAGACCAUCUUUCAGUCGUGGUACAAUAUCAUGGCUCUUCUUGUUUGCAUUUAAAGAAGAUAAUCAGUUCUGGGGAAAGUCCUCCUCCCUCCCAAGUACAAGCCAGAGUGCCUGCAAGAUCUUUGCCUUUUCUGUUAACUUCCAUAAAGAAGACAAUGUGACCAUGCAGUGUUGAAGGCAGCAACCACACCAUGUACAAAUAAUCCGUUUGUACUCGUGCCUCAAGCCAAGUAAACUGUCAGUACACAAUAUGGCAGUUUAGUCUUAAUUAGUUCUUUCAUGCUGUUUAUCUCAAACAACUUUACUUCCUCUCGUUAGUUGUGUAAUCCUGUUGGCGCAGACUGUUUGACGAUUGCAUCACAUUGUGUUUAAAUUCUUAUUUUCACAUUUCCAACCGCUCGUGUGCAGUAUUUGUCAGCUAGCGUGUCCCUUACGACUAAGCAGGCGAGAGGACCGACCGUGGUGCUGAUCUGUUGGGUGUAGAAGAAAAAGAAAGCACUGCUCCUUGUUGGAGACCAAGUGCCUCCUGACCCUUGUAACUGUAAUAUUACAUCAAUCUUGGGUGCCUGGAAUUCCCUCAGCCACCCCCAGUUUGCCAACGAUGUUAUUAAUAAUUCACACGCCAGAGUAUAAGGAAGUGGAUCCUGCAGCCUUGUGGGCCUCGGGAGGUCUUGCACACUGAUACAUUGUAGCCUUUUAUUGAAGUCUGGAACAUUACAAUGACCAAAAUCUGUUUUCUUACAUUAGUUUGUGUUUUGCAGCUUUUCUUUUUUUUCUACUUUUGAUCUCCUGUAAGUAGAAAUGGGGUUGUUACUGAAACACUAGUAUAUGCAAAUAUCAAAAAGAAAGUCCUAUGAAGAAAUUUUGCAUUCCCAUUUUGAUUUACACAGCAAUAUAGCUUACAACAUUAAACCGUUGAUUGAAAUGA